CCACACAACGCUACCAGCUGAACAGCCGUGCACGAGCACGGCAGUGUGCGCGCGUGUGUGAGCGAGCAUCACUUCGCCGCGAUGGCGAACGAAGCGCAAGGGCGCGGAGAAGGAGCCGGUUUCGCCUCUAGCUCCUUGGAGCUGAGCACGUCUCUCGAGCGCAGCGUGCAAACGCGCAUUUUUAAAAUUAUCGUGAUCGGCGACUCGAACGUGGGUAAAACGUGCCUUACGUUCCGCUUCACCGGCGGCGCUUUUCCGGCCAAGACGGAGGCCACGAUCGGAGUGGAUUUCAGGGAGAAGGCGGUCGAAAUCGAGGGCGAAAGGAUAAAGGUACAGGUAUGGGAUACGGCCGGCCAGGAACGCUUCCGCAAAAGCAUGGUGGAGCACUACUACCGCAACGUCCACGCUGUUGUUUUUGUUUAUGAUGUCACUAAAAUGGCCUCAUUUGAGAACCUGAAGACAUGGAUCCAGGAGUGCAACGGGCACCGUGUGUCAGCGUCAGUGCCCCGUGUCCUGGUCGGUAACAAGUGCGACCUAGUGAACCAAAUCCAAGUUCCGUCCAACAUGGCACUCAAGUUCGCUGAUGCACACAACAUGCUGCUGUUUGAGACAUCUGCCAAAGACCCCAAGGAGAGCCAGAAUGUGGACUCCAUUUUUAUGUGCCUGGCAUGUCGUUUGAAGGCCCAAAAAUCUCUCAUCUAUAGGAAUGUGGAGAGGGAGGAUGGGAGAGUGAGGCUUAACCAAGAACCUAAUCCUAAGACUAGCUGUCCAUGCUGAAGACCUGUGAAGCCUAGAAUAAUCCUAUCUUGUUUUCCACACCAACUGUGACUGACGUUGAUAACUGCAAAAAAACGUGCCUGCAAAAAUUGAUUCAUAUUGAGGCUUUGGUUUGCUUGUUUGUCUCUGUGCACCUUCUCUGUUUUAUCUUGCCAGUCACAUUGUCACAUAGGAAUCAUUGUUAUCCACAGGCCACAGCAUCAUUUGGUGUUUGAUUUGUUGUACAUGCCUUUUUAACUGUUACAUUUCAGCUAAUAUUUGGAAACAGAAAUUUCAGUUAUUAUAUCCAGUCAGCCAAAUAAUCUUGUUGUAUUAAUGUGUUGUAUAAUUCAUAUGGAUUCAUCUCCCAGCAUACAAUCAGCUUGACAGAUUGAGUGCAAUAAGGAGUACGUACCAUACCACAUUUGAUUGUUUAUUUAUCUGUUUGAAGACAAGAGUUGCAUAUAAACAGAUUGUAAGCUGUA